AGAAAUAUCUACCUUUUGAAACAUAUACAAAUAAAAAUGAAAUUCUCAUUUUGGCAGAAGAAAAUAUCGUAUCUUUUCCAACAACGUUUUUAUCCAUAUGUACAAAACACUCCGUAACACAUGAGAUUCAAAGCCCAACCCGAAUCUUGCUGGAUAUUUAUGUCCUCUUAAUUUGUAACAUAAGAGGAUAUUAGUUACUGAUUAAACACAACACAGAAAGAUUGCUUAAAAAAGAAAAAAGAAAAAAAGAAAAAAAAACAUCAGAGGAUACGAAAUAUUGAAAACACCCACUCACAUAUGAUAAAACAUUUUGUAUUGGCUGGGAUUUAUCUACCAGACGUAAAGUUAUCGAAGCUCUAUUGUAAUAUGACUACGAGUCAAAGACUGAAUAAAUGUGCAAUGGGGCCAUGAACUCAUGAUGGUGGUGAUCAUAACAUCAUUGACAAUGUGACAAUAAGACAAAGAUGAAUGCGCAAAUCGAUUUUUUCUCUCUCUUAAUUUUAUAUCAGAUUUUGUAUACGAUAAAGGAUCAGAUUUUUUUUUCUAGAAUGAUGUUAUUAAGAGAGAAAAAAAAUAUAAUUAAUUGAUUUAUUCUAAAACAAGUUAGUACUCUUCACAUCCUUGCAAAACCCUAUAAAUACCAACACUUUCUCUUCUUUUCUCCUCAUCUCUCUCUCAAAAACACUCAAUAGUCCUUAUAACUCGGACUUUAUCUUUUUUUAAAAGAAUGGCUUCAAAGAACUCAGCCAGUCUCGCUCUUUUCUUCGCUCUCAACAUCCUCUUUUUCACGUUGACCGCUGCAACUGAUUGUGGCUGCAGCCCAAAUCCCAAACCCAAGCCGGGCCCAAGUCCUAAGCCUAAGCCGCUCCCAAGUCCCUGGCCCCCCAAGCAUGUCCCAAGUCCGUUUGUUCCAAGUCCCUCGGUCCCAAGUCUAAACCCUAGGCCUGUCACACCUCCGAGCAACCCUGGCUCAUCCGGAAACUGUCCUAUAGAUGUCCUUAAGCUUGGUGUAUGCGGAAACGUUCUAAGUGGCCUACUCAACAUACAGUUGGGUCAGCCAUCAGCUCAACCAUGCUGCUCGCUUGUUCAAGGUUUGGUUGACGUCGAGGCUGCAAUUUGUCUCUGCACUGCUCUCAAGGUUAACGUUCUUGGAAUCAACCUUAACGUUCCUAUAUCUCUCAGCGUUCUUCUCAACAAGUGUAACAAGAAGGUUCCGUCUGGUUUCGAAUGUACUUGAAUUAGCUAUGCACACGACGUGCACACAGUUUCCUCUUCAAAAUAUAUUUACAGUUUGAAUAAAAGCAUGCAAGCUAGAGCUUAAUAUUUA